GCGGCGGUGGCCCCACGGGCACCUCGGUGCCACUUUGAAUUCCUCCACCUCCAUUGGAUUAAUCAUUUUAUUGAUGAGGCUUAGAGGUCCAAAUCCCGCUAAAGCCGCGGCUUUGCCAGAUAAACACCCGCUUUGGAGGCAGCCCGUUUGUGAAAACACAAUUAGCCGAGGCUCUAAUCUGCACUAAUUACCGCCCGGGCCCGCUGCGCUCCCCACGCGCCACCGGGACCAUGGGGGACGCGGGGCCCGGGCAGCAGCGCCCGCCCGGGGCCUCCUUCACCAUCGAGUACCUGCUGUCAGCGCAGGGGGACCCGGGGCUCAGCCCGGAGCCCCCCGGCCGCAGCCCCCCAGCACCUCCCCGGCCCCCAGCAGAGCCCGGGGACAAACCAGCGCAGUCCUACAUCGCCCUCAUCUCCACCGCCAUCCUCUCCUCGCCCGAGAAGAAGCUGCUGCUCUCCGACAUCUACCAGUGGAUCAUGGACAACUACCCCUACUUCAAGAACAAGGAGAAGAGCUGGCGCAACAGCGUCCGCCACAACCUCUCCCUGAACGAGUGCUUCGUCAAGGCCGGGCGCAGCGACAACGGCAAAGGGCACUUCUGGGCCAUCCACCCGGCCAACCUGGAGGACUUCGCCAAAGGGGACUACCACCGCCGGCGCGCCCGGCGCCGCGUCCGCAGGGUGAACGUCGGCUUCUACCACCCCUAUGCCCUGUACGGCUGCUGCUGCCCCUGGUGCCCCCCGGCACGCCCCGUGCCCCCCCUGGCCCUGCCGCCUGCCCCCCAACGCAGCCGCUGGGGAUGGGGACGGGUUCCUGCUCCCUGGGGUCCCCUCCUGCCCCGGGCCCCUUUCCUGUAGCCCCCACCCUGC